CCUGUCGGAGCCGGAAGCAGAGCUGUGACAUCAGAGCGACGCGGAGGUAAGGAGCCCUCUUUUACAGCCAUCUUGGAUCCUGUUCCCUGAACUAUCCAGAAUGCCAGGCGAAGCCACAGAAACUGUCCCUGUUACAGAGCAGGAGAUGCAGCAGCCCCAGGCGGAGACAGCCACACCUGCUGCUGCGGCUCCUGCUCCCUCUCAGGCAAAGCCUAAAGUGGGCAAAACUAACUCUAAGCUGUCCUCUUCUCCUCACACCACCGCUCCUAAGCCAGUUCCUGCUGGACACAGGAAACGAUCCUCUCUAUCUGCCUCCUCAAGCUCCCCUACCUCUCCUAAAUCUACCUCUGGCCAUCGUGCUACCCCCCCAUGCUCCCCUUUGGCCUCUCCUCUAGCUGACUCUUCUGUAGCUGGGAAAGCAGAGCAGACUGCUCCUAAGGUGGUAAAGGCUGGCAAACAAGGGAAGCAACAGAAAGCAAAGAAUUUUAAACCUGCUGACCCAGAGCACCCUCCCUCAGCCCCUAAGCCUGCUCAGGAGCCUGCACCAGUUGCAACUUUGCCGUCUCUUGCUAUACCAUUAAAAGAAGUAGCAAAACCAGCUGGAGAUGGAAGUGGUUCCCCUGUCUCUCCCAAAGUUGCUGUGGCUCCUGUUGACUUUAAAGUAACUUCUAAAUCUGCUGCCCCAGCACCAAAGUCAUUUAAAGAAGCUGUGGCCGCCAGUCCACCAAAAGUGGCUGAAGCCUCCAAGGUUGCCUCUGAAGGUCCUAAAGUAGCAACCCCUGUUGUUUCAGAAGCAAAGAUUUCCUCACCCUCAAAAGCAGCUGCCAAGCCUGGCCCUGCUAAAGUGCCAAAUGUGAACCCAGCCACUGCUGUUCCCCCAAAAUAUGCCCCUGCAGCGCUUGAGGAUGAUCUCCCACCUCUCUUACCACCUGAGAAUUCUUUUACAAUGCCUACACUCCCCCCCAUGCCACCUAGUGCAAUGCCUGUAGUUACCCCAACAGCUCCCAAAGCAGAAGCUGUCCCUACUAGUAAAGUUGAAUCUUGCUCUGCCCCUGAAGCUAAGGCUGCUCCUAAAGCAAAGCCAGCUCCUAAGGUUGAACAUAAAACAGAACAUGCCCCAAAAAUUGAGGUUGCAUCUAAAGUUGACCCAAAACCCAAAGAUGAGCCUAAUCCUGCCCCUAAAGUUGCAGUUGCUUCUGCUCCUAAGACUGAGGCUGUUCCCAAACCUAAAGUUCAGGCUGCUCCUGCACCUAAAAAUAAGACUGCCCCUAUCCCUAAAGCUGAGCCUGUUCCUGCCUCUAAGGUUGAAGCUGCUCCUGCUCCUAAAGCUGAGGCUGUCCCCAAGGUAGAGGCUACUCCUGCACCAAAUGUUAAGUCUGCCCCUAGCCCUAAAGCUGAGGCUGUUCCUGUCAAUAAGGUUGAGGCUACACCUAAAGCUGAGGCUACUCCUGCCCCUAAAGUUAAGCCUGAUCCUGCUCUUAAAGCUGAGGCUGUCCCUAAGGUAGAGGCUACUCCUGCACCAAAUGUUAAGUCUGCCCCUAGCCCUAAAGCUGAGGCUGUUCCUGUCACUAAGGUUGAGGCUACACCUAAAGCUGAGGCUACUCCUGCCCCUAAAGUUAAGCCUGCUCCUGCUCCUAAAGCUGAGGCUGUCCCCAAGGUAGAGGCUACUCCUGCACCAAAUGUUAAGUCUGCCCCUAGCCCUAAAGCUGAGCCUGUUCCUGUCACUAAGGUUGAGGCUGCCCCUAAAGCGGACUCUGUCCCUACCUCUAAGGUUGAAGUUGCUCCUGCUGUUAAAGUUAAGCCUGUUGCUGCUCCUAAAGCUGAGGUGGCAGUGGGUGCUAAAAUUGAGGCUGCUCCUGUCCCUAAAGUCGAGUCUGAGACUGCUCCUAAAGUUAAACCUACCCCUGCUCCCAAAGUUGAGGCUGCUGUCCCUACCCCUAAAGCUAAACCUGUCCUUGUCCCUAAAGUUGAGCCAGUCCCUGUUCCCAAACCAGUAAAAGCCCCAUCUGUACUGGAGCCAGUCAUCAAGAACGACAAGGGGUCUGGCACUGAAUCUGAUAGUGACGAUUCUGUUCCUGACCUGGAGGAGCAGGACUCUGCACAGACACAAACACAGCAGGCACAGCUUGCAGCUGCAGCCGAAAUCGAUGAGGAACCUGUCAGCAAAGCAAAACAAAGCAGGAGUGAGAAGAAAGCCAGGAAGGCCAUGUCCAAAUUGGGGUUGAGACAAGUUGCUGGUGUUACCAGAGUAACCAUUCGCAAGUCCAAGAACAUUCUCUUUGUCAUUACCAAACCAGAUGUCUACAAAAGUCCAGCUUCAGAUACUUACAUUGUCUUCGGUGAGGCAAAGAUUGAAGAUCUGUCCCAGCAAGCCCAGUUAGCAGCCGCAGAGAAGUUCAAGGUCCAAGGAGAAGCCGUUUCAAAUAUCCCGGAAAACACACAGACGCCCACAGUACCGGAGGAGAGCGAAGAGGAAGAGGUUGAUGAGACUGGAGUGGAGGUCAAGGACAUCGAGCUGGUCAUGUCUCAGGCCAAUGUAUCCAGGGCAAAGGCUGUGCGCGCACUGAAAAAUAACAAUAACGACAUUGUCAAUGCUAUUAUGGAAUUGACGAUGUAGAUGGAAAUCGGGGACUGGGUCAAAUUAAGAUGAUGUUGAUUUAAUCCUCACUAUUGUUUGUACAAUUUAUACCCAAGAGAAAUAAAGGUGUGGCUUGAUGAAAUUAUA